AGACGGGGAGACUUGGGAUGGGUGACUGGGGUGUGGAGCAGAAAUCUGAAGAGGCAGUGUACACAGAAUAAAGGUAGCAUGGCAAUGGUUGUAUGGGAAGUACACAGACUCUGAGGCCUUCAGUUGUCGGGGAAAUAUCACGCCACAGGAGAAGCAGAAAAUAUUUUAUCGGGAAGAUCAAGCAGAACAGACCAAUAUCGAACUGAGGUGGAGGGUUGCAGAAGCCAAACAAGGGCAACGCAGAACAAGAGCCAUGUGGGAGGAGAGUGAGGCGGUUUUGCUAUUCGCACGUAUCAAGCCCAAACACUUUCUCUACUGACAUACGCUGAACGUUCCCCAGCCCUCCUCCAGAGCUUUUCCUCAGGGGGAGCUCCUGCUAUGAACCCCAGCUCCCUUGACUUCAGCAGGCAGUCCAACCUCAGUGCUAGGCGCUGUGUGGGCAUCCCACAAGUCUGGGUUCUGCCCACACAGGACUCACAGACUGCCCCUGAACAAAAAGAAUGAAAUACUCCUGAGUCACUCCUGUGUGGUGGCUCUUCUGUCUAGUGUUAAAUUGGUCUGUUGGGAAGUUCUGUCUACCUCUUCCCCAGCAAGCACCUACCUUUAGUGAAAACCCUCUCCAACUCUUCCACCAGCUACUUUUUGGUUACCACUUCGUUGUAAUUUGCUUUCCCAUCAAGCAGCAGCACGAGUUCCUUUGUGCUCACCACGUGGUGGAGGACCAUGGGAUGCCGUCAGAGCUCGGAGGAGAAGGAAGCGGCGCGGCGCUCGCGGCGAAUCGACCGCCACUUGCGCUCAGAAAGUCAGCGGCAGCGGCGUGAGAUCAAGCUAUUGUUGCUGGGUACCAGCAACUCGGGCAAGAGUACCAUUGUCAAACAGAUGAAGAUCAUCCACAGUGGAGGCUUCAACCUGGAGGCUUGCAAGGAGUACAAGCCCCUGAUCCUGUACAAUGCCAUUGACUCACUCACCCGCAUCAUCCGAGCCCUCACCACCCUCAAGAUCGACUUUCACAAUCCCGAUCGCGCUUACGAUGCUGUGCAGCUCUUUGCCCUCACAGGGCCGGCGGAGAGCAAGGGGGAGAUCACUCCAGAGUUACUGGGGGUCAUGAAACGUCUGUGGGCUGACUCAGGGGUCCAGGAGUGCUUUCAACGAUCCAAUGAAUACCACUUAGAGGACAACACUGCCUACUACCUGAAUGACCUGGACCGCAUUUCUGCAGCUGAGUACAUCCCUACUGUAGAGGACAUCCUACGAUCACGGGACAUGACAACCGGCAUCGUGGAGAACAAGUUCACCUUCAAGGAGCUCACCUUCAAGAUGGUAGAUGUGGGUGGACAGCGUUCGGAGAGAAAGAAGUGGAUCCACUGCUUUGAGGGCGUGACUGCAAUCAUUUUCUGUGUCGAGCUAAGUGGCUAUGACCUCAAACUCUACGAGGACAACCAGACGAGCCGUAUGGCCGAGAGCUUGCGCCUAUUUGACUCCAUCUGUAACAACAACUGGUUCACCAACACGUCGCUCAUCCUCUUUCUCAACAAGAAGGACCUGUUGGCGGAGAAGAUCAAACGCAUUCCUCUGACAGUGUGCUUCCCUGACUACAAAGGUCAGAACACCUACGAGGAGGCAGCCGUCUAUGUGCAACGGCAGUUUGAGGACCUCAACCGCAACAAGGAGACCAAGGAGAUCUAUUCGCACUUCACCUGUGCCACUGACACCAGCAACAUCCAGUUUGUGUUCGACGCUGUCACGGACGUGAUCAUCCAGAACAAUCUCAAGUACAUUGGGCUUUGCUAG